AUGUCCACAUCUAGAAAAUGCCCGGCUGCCGCCCGAGAUAAGGCCCCCGCUGCAACUCGAAGUGCGGACCCAACCAUCCCUAGGUUUCGGGAUGCAAAGGCAAUUGAAAAUUACGACCAAAGUUUGUCUCAAAAGGUGGCAUCCACCAAAUUUGUGUGCAAAUCCACACUUAUCUCAUUAGGGGUUCUUGAAGGGGUCACCCAAUUGUUCCGUAACAUCGUGUGUGAGAAACUUCUCAAUCUCAUGGCACACACUUACGAGCUCCCCACUAGAGAGUUUAUUGUCGAUUGUGGGUUAGAUAACGAAAAGAAAAACUCCAUAUUCCAACUUCUAGGGGACCGAAGGUAUAUUGAUUUUGCAGCAAUAAACGACAUCUUGUGCUUGCCUUCUUCGAACACAUCCACGGUUUUCGAUGUCUUACCUGCCGAGUUCAACUAUGAGACCUUUUGGACGGAAAUCAUCGGGGGUAUCUUUUCAUGCGCUGGUUGGGAUAAAGCAACCUCUAUCAUUCACCUGUGUCUCUGUAUUGCCCAUCGCAUCUUGGUGUGCACUGUCUUUGCCUGUAAAGAAGCCAUCCAUGUCACCAAAAAUGAGCUUAUUUUCCUUUGGUGCAUGACACGUCGUGAAAACCCACCAAUCCCGGACUUUGCUUCAUUCUUUUUCUAUAAAUGUGCACUUAUGUGA